GAUUUUGAUUUCUUAUUGUAUUACAAAAGUGAAUAAUAAAACUGUAGAAAAUGAAUAUUUUCACUAAACAUAUUUUACAUGUUCAGCAAAUAAGUAUUUUGUAAACUUGUGUUACUACGAAGUCUUCUUCCACGACCGUAUCGUUAUCUUGUUUCUAAUCACGGCCGUCAUUGUGAUAACAGAGCAUGUGACCACGUGAGGUUGUCCAAUGUCGAAGCCCGAUUGCACCAAAUACAAGCUAUACAGACGAGUUACCGACUAUAAUAGUGUCUACCGAGUGCCCAGUGGAUUUUAAACGAGGAAGACGUGGACCAUAUUAAUUUAAUACAUUUUUAGUUUUUUAAUAUUAAGUUCGAAAACGGCGUGAUUGUGUGAGGCAAGUCAUCGUAGAUUAACGUUUAAAACGUUGACUUAGCUGAUAUCGACGUCGUCAAACGCCAAACGCAGCAGGCACAUACGUAUUGUACGUCGUACGCGCACAGUGCACACGCCAUAUACGCGCGCGCUCGGGCACGUUUUUAUUUCGUAUUGACGUUUUAAACAAUACACAGUUAUAAAUUACAAUAGAAUAACUUGAACGCUGCUCUGAUCGGUGUAUUAUCAAUUAAAAUAGUUCCUAAACAAAUAACGACGUCUCACCAACUGCUGCGGUGGAUUAUUUUUUUUCUCGGAUAAGUGCGCGAUCAGUUUUCCAUUGAUCCCGGACCUCGUUAGACGUCAAAUGCAUCGUCGAUCGCUGUUGUUCCAGCUACUACUGCAAUAAUUAUCGUCGUUGCUACUGCUGCUGCUACAUUCUGUUAAUUAAUUACUUGGUACAAGUCACCAAGUUAUUAUACCAUCUACUACUACUAGUUGCUACCAGUUACUACUACUAAUACUACUACUACUGCUACUAUUACUUUUAAUACUAUUAUGGUAUAGAGUAUACUACUCUUACUUCUGAGGGACAUAGUACGUUUUUCAAGUCUUUUAGGUUAGGUAAAUUAUCCUUCCUCAGGUGUUUGAGUAUUUCUUGUACCUGUAGUUGUUUUGUCGUAAAAAUUAUAUACCUAUCUAAUAUUUUAUACGUAAACACUUACGCAUAGAUACUAAUAAAGACAACCUUUAGCAAGUCUUAUCAUACCGCUUAGUUGUUUUAAAUUGGCAGUUAUGUAUUCAGAUAUGAUAGAGUCACCAUCAAAGGACUGUUUCUCCUUCAAUGAUCAGUCUUUAUCUUAUGAUAUGGCCGAGGUGAAUGAAAUUAGUAAUCAAACCAAUUUGGAUUAUAUUUUUGAUUCAUAUUAUUCAUCUGUAUCAAGUUAUAAUACUGGUUUUGAACUUCCAGAAGACUGUAAAAAUAUGAGUUUUUCAGAAUUAUUUGAUCAAGAAUUGUUUAGUACUCAUGUUUCAGAAAAUAAAGACUGUCAAAUCACAAUCAAAAUUGAAAAAGAAGAUUCGUUAAAUGAAUGUUAUUCUACCGACAAUUCUAUAGAUACUACUGGUAGUUCGAGUUUUGUCAAAUUAGAAGAAAAUAGUCCUUCCUCAUCAUUAUUAUCAAAAAGUUUUGCUCCAAAGAGAGGCAUUAAUAGAACUUCUAUAAAAACUAAGAGAACUUCUGAUGUUAAGCAUCUUAUUCAGAGUAAUCCUUUUUGCGAAACAGAAGAUGUUAAUAAUCAAAUAAUUGGGAAAAUUAACUCAUCUAUUGUAAAAUGUGAAGUUGAAGAUGUCAAUGACAAUGUUGAUGAAGACUUGCUUGAAGUAAAUCCAUAUUAUCCUUAUGAUAUUUUUCAAAAUAAUACAGAUUUUGAAAAAAGUGAAGAAAAUAUUGUUUCAUCUUUGUCAUUACAAAGUUCUACCCCAAAAAGUCAAAGCAAUAAUAGAAUUUCUAUUAAUACUCCAGAUAAUUGUGUUAAACAUCUUAACAACCCUUUUUAUGAACCAAAAGAUCUUGGCAAUAAUCAAAUUCCAGUUCAAGUUCAAACACCAAUUAUUAAAUGUGAACCUAAAGAUGAAAUUGACAUUGAAGAACCCAUUUUUGAAGAAAUUAAUGUAAACCCUAAUUAUUCUGCUGAUGAUUUAAAAAAUACAUUUAAUAGUCACAAUGCGGUGAAAGUGAAAAAUAAUGUCAGUAAAUAUGGUUCACAGAGUGCAUUAAAUAGAUAUAAAAUAGUACAACUUUCAGAUAGUAUUAGUCCUUAUUCGUUACAAAAUUCUACUCUUAAGCAUGGACGAAUCAACAAAAUGUCUAUUAAAACUCCUGAAAAUUGUAAUAUUAAACAAUUUAAUAAUUCUUUUUGUGAAUCAAAAGUUUUAGAUGAUGAUAAAAUUCCAGUUAAAGUUCAAUCAUUAACUUUAAAAUACAAACCUAUAGACAAUAACAACAGUUUUGAAGAAACAAAUGUAAGCUUUCAUUAUUCUGCUGAUGAUUCACUAACUUCAACAAAUAGUCAGAACAUGGUAAAAGUGAAAAAUAAUGUCAGUAAAUAUGGUUCAGAAAGUUCAAGUAAUAGUCUUAAUAUGGGUAAAGUUAUUGAUAGUUUUUCUCCUUUAUUAUUAAAAAAAUCUACUCCAAAAUAUCAGGGUGUUCCUAAAGUAUCUUUAAAAACAAUAAAUGGUAUUAAGCACCCCAUAUACAGCACAUCAAGACAUUUAAAUACUAAUCAAAUGUCUGUUAAAGUUCAACCCCCAACUGUGAAAUUGGAAACUGAAAACGUCAAUAACUCAAUUGAAAAACCCAUUGCUAAAAAUGAAGUGAAAUUAUGUUAUUCUGCUGGUCACAAUUUAAUAAAAGGUGAAGAUAAAGUAUCAUCUUUAUUAUUAAUAGAUUCUACUUCUAAGCGUCAAGUUAACAAUAAAAAGUCUAUAAAAGUUACUGAAAAUUGUGAAGUUAAACACACUGUACCUAACCUUCAUUGUGAACCAAAAAAAAUUAGUAAUGAUCAAAAUUCAUUGAAACCCACAAUGCUCACUAUUAAAUGUGAACCUGAAGAUUUCAAUACUAGUGAGGAAAAUAUUAAAAUGGAAAUAAAUCCAUACUACUCUUCUAAUGGUUUACAAAGAACUGUCGAAAGCCAUAGCUUGGCCAAAAAUGAUAAAAUUGUUUUACCUUCAUCAAAAAGUUUUGUUUCACAUCAUCAAGAUACUAACAAUAGCUCUAUAAAAACGAAUAACAAUUCUGAUAACAAAAAUUUUGUAAUACACAAACCAAAAGAUCUAGGUAAUUUAACUUCUGUGAAAGGUAAAAUGCCCAUUAUGGAAUGUGAACCUGAAAAUAAUAGCACCAUUCAACCAAACAUUAUUGAGAUUAAUAUAAAACCUGAAAAAAAUACAAAAUCUGUCAAUCCAAAUGAAAUUUAUUCUGUUGCUUCAUUUGCUGGAAAUGCAGAAAAUCAAGAAGUGAUCAUAAAAAACACAGAAACUAUUGUAUCUUCUAUAAAAACCGAGGAUAUAGAUACUCAAACCGAUAAAAAAAAAAUUUCUUGGGAAGAAUUUAGAGCUAAAAGAGGGUUAAACAAUUCAAAAAUUAAAGAAGAGCCUACAACUGACAUUGUUACAACAGAUAAAAUAAAAGCAGUGAAGGAAGAGUUUGAUAGGACCACUGCUGAACAUUUCACUGGUCAAAAAAGAAAGAUAGAUGACAAAGAAGAAGAAACUAUUACUGCUAAAGAAAUAAACAAUGAAGAAGAAGAACUGCAGAAAAAGCGGAUGAAAAUUGAAUACAUCAAGAAACUUUUACCAUCAUCUUUUGCAUCAGAAAUAGCAAAGACCUCGAGUUUGAUGAAGGGGAGCUUAGUAGAAGAUAAUGAUAAUGAAAAUAAUUCUGAUGAUUCAACUUUGUCCAACGAUAAAACACAAGGGAAAUUAUUUAACACGUAUGAUAAGUCCCAAAAAAAAAGCUACCAAUCUAGAACGCAUUCAUCUCACCGUGUUUCAUCAAGGUCUGAUUAUAAUAAUAAAAGUAGCCGCUCAUCAUCAUCCAGUUCAGAUGAUUAUUAUAAUCGUAAUAGAACUGAUGCUCCAUCACAAGGAGCACAAUAUAGUCAAAAUGCACGAACUACUCUUCAAAGACCUAAAGAACAGAAAAGGGUGGUAUAUGUUGGUCAGAUACCAAUCAAACUUGGAAAACGUUACUUGUACAAUCGGUUCAAGGAAUUUGGUACAAUACAAUCUUUAACACUUCACAAAAAACCAGAUUUUCGUGUUUAUUAUGCAUUCGUAACAUAUUCUGAGAAUUCAGAAGCUGAUCGUGCUAUUAAUCAUGGAAAUGAUGAUGAAAGCCAAGUCCAAUUGGAUAUUAGAUUUGGUGAACGGAAACAAACUCAAACUCCUUAUUAUGAUUUAGAUGAUGAAUGGUUAACUGACUGGUAUGGGUACAAACAACCUUUAGCACCAGUAGUAAAGACAGAAGACAUAGAAAAAGUGUCUUUUGAAGAAGAAUUGCAAGAAUUUUAUAAGCUUUCUCAAAUCAAAAAGUUAAAUCAAAUUAAGUCUUCUCAAGCCUCUUGACAUAAAUUUUUUAUUUUAUUUCAUCUUAUAGUGUUGGAAUAAAAAUGUAAUAAUAAAUAUUGUUAUAAUUUUUCUCUUUUUAA